GCUAUCAAACUGGUAACGUGUUCACCAACUUUUACUGAUCUAGCUCUAAUAGGAUCUACAUAAUCUUCUACAUCGUGAUUGAUGAACGAUUAAUUCUUAUCAAGACUCAUUUAAUUCUUGUGAAAUGGAUUUUUCCUCAUGAGAAGUUUUAACCCCUAGCUCCACAGGAGUUUGAACUGGCCAGUGAAGAUCGUGAGUACAUACAGAGCAUGGACAUGGGCAUUACUAUAGCCAAAUACUGGAUUUAGGGCUUAGCUGGAACCGAUUAACCCACGGCUGUGUCGGCUGUAUCGGUAAUCUACUUAAGAUUAUUACAUUUGGUGUAAGGAACUUUCGGGACAUUGAAUGUUACUGACACAUAUAUUAUCUGGGGCAGACAUGGAGUUUACAUUCCAAUAAGUUAUUUAAAGGACUAACGGCGGAGCACAAACUUCAGAGCUGAAGUGAACCUUAGGGAUAAUCCAUCAUCGAUAUGGUGAAUUACAAGGCUGACAAUGGACAGUAUUUACUGAACUACAAACAGAAUACAGUGAAUGGUAACAGUUUUCCAUGUUUAGAUGGUGAAGAGUCUCCAACAGGAACCAUGAUCAACGGACACAUCAAUGGAGAUCUUGACAAACUGAAAUAUCGCAGUAAUGGAAACAACAAUUCAGGGGAGAUCACUCCUGUUAAACAGCAUGUGAACCUGAAGAAACGAGUUGGUCUCACAUCUGGCAUUGCCUUGAUAGUUGGGACCAUGAUAGGGUCUGGGAUUUUCAUCUCACCCAAAGGAGUGCUGAUGGGGACAGGUUCAGUGGGGCUGAGCAUCAUUGUGUGGGUUGGAUGUGGUGUGCUGUCCCUAAUGGGUGCGUUAUCCUAUGCUGAGUUAGGAACAAUGAUCACACGGUCGGGAGCUGAGUAUGCCUACCUUAAGGAAGCGUUUGAGCCAAUGCACAAAACACUUGGUUCAAUUCCUGCCUUCAUGUACGCGUGGACUUCGGUACUUAUCUUGAAGCCAGCCCUGUUUGGCGUGGUGGCGAUGAGCUUUGCCCUGUACAGUACAGAACCAUUCUACCCAUGUGGCCCACCUGAAAUUGUCAUCAAACUGGUGUCUGUUGCCUGUCUGUUUGUGGUCUCCUUCAUCAACUGCUACAGUGUAAGUUUGGCCACCAAAGUACAGAACGUUUUCACAGUAACAAAGCUGGUGGCUGUCGCUGUCAUCACUGUCGGAGGAUUCGUCAUGAUUAGCAGAGGAGAAACUGAGGUCCUCGAGACUGGGUUUGAGGGUACCGAAAAUUCAAUGUCAAUGAUUGCCUUGGCUUUCUAUGACGGACUUUGGGCAUAUGAUGGCUGGAACAAUCUUAAUUACGUGACAGAAGAAAUCCAGGAUCCACAUAAAAACCUGCCCAGAGCGAUCAUGAUCGCCAUUCCUCUGGUGACCGUCUGCUACUUCUUCACCAAUAUAUCCUACCUGACUGUCAUGACAACGAAAGAACUUCUGGCUUCUGCUGCUGUUGCCACGACUUGGGGAGAGCGGGUACUUGGAGGCUUUGCAAUGCUCAUACCUAUCUCUGUGGCGUUCUCUACGUUUGGAGCUGCUAACGGCUCCUGUUUCACCGGAGGGAGGGUGAUGUUUGUGGCGGCCAGGGAGGGCCAUCUACCCGAGGUGCUGUCCUACGUUCAUGUCAAACAGUACACUCCACUUCCAUCUCUUUUGUUCUCGACAGCACUGGCGGCUAUCCUGGUGACGUUAGGGGAUAUUUUUACCUUGAUUGAUUACUUCAGUUUUGCUGCAUGGUUUUUCUAUGGAGCCACGAUGGCAGCGCUGCUUGUCCUCAGAUACACGUCGCCAGACCGUGAACGCCCAUACAAAGUGCCAAUAAUUGUUCCAGUGAUAGUCUUGUUAUUCUCCAUCUACCUUGUCGUCGCCCCGAUCGUACAGAACCCACGGAUCGAGUUCCUCUACGCCUUCCUCUUCAUGAUCAGCGGCCUGUUCUUCUACGUCCCGUUUGUUGUGUACAAAACUUCGUUUAAAUUUACAGAAAAAGUGACUCGAUUUUUACAGCUUGUGCUGUUGGUAGCACCAAGCAGGUACGAACAACUUGUCGCCGACUGAAAACCUGGAUUGGAUAUUAGAAUUUUAUGACAAAUUACAUUUUGUAUAAGACUAAUAGGUGUAUAUAAUUUAUCUAAUUACAAAAACUCUUUAUGCAUUUCUGAAGUGGAAACCAUAAUUAUAUAUCUAAUUGUUCUGUGAUAGGGAAACCAUGGGCAGCUGCUAUCAGGAAUCAUAGUUUGAAUAAUAUUCUGGAUCCUGUCUCUGUUAGAAAGUCCACAGCACACUCCUCCUCUCACUCACCCUGGUACAUUGUACUGGUAAUGUUGUCUAGGCUGGCUACCAAUACAGAACACUGGAUCAGAUGGUAUCUAAGUAGCUAUACAUCUAGAGAUCACUAGCACAGGAUCAGAUGGUAUCUAAGUAGCUCUACAUCUAGAGGUCACUAGUACAGGAUCAGAUGGUAUCUCAGUAGCUAUACAUCUAGAGGUCACUAGAACAGGAUCAGAUGGUAUCUAAGUAGCUCUACAUCUAGAGGUCACUAGUACAGGAUCAGAUGGUAUCGAAGUAGCUAUACAUCUAGAGAUCACUAGCACAGGAUCAGAUGGUAUCUAAGUAGCUCUACAUCUAGAGGUCACUAGUACAGGAUCAGAUGGUAUCUAAGUCGCUAUACAUCUAGAGGUCACUAGUACAGAAUCAGAUGGUAUCUAAGUAGCUAUACAUCGAGAGGUCACUAGUACUGGAUCAGAUGUUAUCUAAGUAGCUACACAUCUAGAGAUCACUAGUACUGGAUCAGACGGUACCUAAGUAGCUAUACAUCUAGAGAUCACGAGUACUUGAUCAGAUGGUAUCUAAGUAGCUAUACAACUAGAGAUCACUUAUACAGGAUCAGAUGGUAUCUA